CCGAGGCCCCAGGAGGGAAGUCGCCCAAGUGUGUAGUGUCUACAUCCCGAGCGCAAGUCUUCUGGCUCUUUGCCCAGCAGCCUGAGCGCCCGCUCCUCCUCGCGUGCCGGCCGGGCCUGCGCCAGCCAGAAGUGACGGUCGCCCGGCUCUGUGCUGCCCAGGAGUGCCGCCACAGCUGGGCCAGCAUGAACUGGCAGGUUCUCGACCACGUGCCACUGCUGCUGUACAUCCUGGCAGCGAAGACGCUGAUUCUCUGCCUGGCUUUUGCCGGAGCCAAGAUUUACCAAAGGAAGAGGCUGGAGGCCCGGGAGCGGCAGCUGGAGGCGGAGAAGUCGGGGAAGAAGGAGCGCUAGCGGGAGCGCCGCUCGGACCCGGUCCUCGGAGCCGCCGGCCCGGCCACAGCAGCUCCUGUGCGGCAGCUGAGAGAUGCUCCGUCGCUGGACUCCAGAGCCGGCCGGUGCGGGAAGAGGGAGCGCGGCCAACCGACAGGCCCCGCCCGCACGGCGCCCACCACCCGCCACGUGGAGAGUGGACUCCCCGAGGAGAAGCCGGGGGAAUGCGGAGGGUGAUCCCAGCCCGGCUGAGCUUCCGGUGAUGGCUGCGGGCAGCGGCUCUG